AACGCCAAACCAAUCUUCUACUACUACUUCUUCUAAGUUGCAUACCCACAAGCUGAUCAUUACCUACAUUUGCUCCAUUUCCACAAUUUUUCCUCACCUACCCAUCUAGUUUUCUUGGCUUCCACAAAAACUCCAUUAAGUCUUUAAACCCUAAUCUGAUCGUAGUCAUCCUUACCAAUUAAUUUUCAUAUUAGCCACAUACAUUUCAUUUUUUGUGGUACAUUUGAAUUUCUUCUUGCUAUUUGAGGUUGAUAGUAUAUAAAUCAAAUGGAUCGUGUAGCAAAAUUAGCAUCACAAAAGGCCGUAGUCAUAUUCAGCAAGAGCUCGUGCUGCAUGUCCCAUGCAAUCAAGAGAUUGUUUUACGAACAAGGAGUGAGUCCUGCAAUCUAUGAGCUCGAUGAGGAGUCAAGAGGGAAGGAGAUGGAGUGGGCUUUGAUAAGGCUAGGGUGCCAACCCUCAGUUCCUGCUGUCUUCAUUGGUGGCAAACUUGUGGGAUCAGCCAAUACAGUCAUGACACUUCAUCUCAAUGGUUCGCUAAAGAAAUUGCUAAAAGAUGCAGGAGCAUUGUGGCUCUAAUUAGCAUCAUUAACAUUAAUUGGAGCAUAUAUAUUAUAUGCGCACCAAUCUAUAACUGUCCCAAAUAAUUAAGGGUUAACUCAGUUGUAUUUUCCUUUUAAUCUUCCGGCGGCUUAAAGUACAAUGUAACUACACAUAUCACUUUUGAAUGUAUUCCUAAAUAUACUAUGUUAAUCAAAUAGAACAUGAUGAGUGAUCGAUUGUCACACUUUCUUUCAAA